ACCUGUCAGUACACACCGGUCCGGGCGUCAACGUAGAUCAUACAAUUCGUGUAUCCAACGAUGUGACUAGGGCGUCGUUACCAACUACUCAAAUAUCUUUACAAUGUUACCCCUUCCAUUGGCGAUUACUUCACAACAGAAACUCAUACUGUCCUCUUUAUUUGGGGUCUGCCAGCGGCACGGAGUGGCAGCCAUGUUGGCAGCACAGCAUUUUCAUACGAGUAGUCAGCGCAGCUGCACCAGCGGCUCCGUGUUGCUUGGAUCAGUAGCUCCGUCGUCGGAUCGCCUUAGAAAUGCAAAAUACUUCUUGCGCAAGAGCACAGGGUUACCCAUGCUUUGUGGUCAGCGACGCUUACUGAACAACCGGGCUCCCCUCCACACCUGCUCAGCCGCCGCAGCAGCAGCAAUGCCAUCGCCCGGGGACUCCGACCGCAACCGUGACAGCAGCAACCCCACCAGCAGCAGCCAUAGCCCCUUUACCCCCAGUAGCAGCCAUAGCAGCAGCAGCAGCAGCGCAGGGCACCGCGGCCCCUUCAGCUUCCUGAGCUGGGGCCGCAGCAUUAGAAGCCAUGCCAGCAGCAGCAGCAGCAGCAGCAGCAGCAGCAGCAGUGGUCAGGGCACUGCCAACUCGGCGCGUGCGGGUGCGGGUGCGGGUGCGGCCCCUAGCGGCGCCGGCUGCGGACCCAGCAGCAGCAGGAGUAGCAGCACCGGCGCCCACUCCUCCUCCUCCCCCUCCGCUGCUGCCGCUACUGGGGAGCUGGCGGCUCAGCGACACGAGGACGAGCUGCACACGCUAAACGUUGCCAUCAUGGUGAACGUUGUGAUCCUGGCCGCCAAGCUGUGGGUGCACAUGCUGAGCGGCAGCAGCGCCAUGCUGGCGGAGGCGCUGCACUCGGGGGCGGAUGUGCUCAACCAGACGCUGCUUCGCAUCGGGCUGCUGGCCGCCCAGAAGGGCCCCUCCGAGAUGCACCCGUACGGCCACGCGCGCGACCGCUUCAUUUGGAGCCUCAUCUCCGCAGUGGGCAUAUUCUUCCUGGGGGCGGGCGCUUCCUUCAUCCACGGGCUGCACACGCUGCUGGAGCACCGCGAGCUGGAGGGGCUGGGCUGGAGCUACGCGGUCCUGCUGCUGUCCGGUCUGCUGGAGGGCUACUCGCUGUGGGUCGCCAGCCGGGUGGUGGUGGCGGGGGCGGCGGCGCGGCGCAUGGGGCUGCUGGCCUACGUGCGCAGCGGGCGGGACCCCACCACGGUGGCGGUGCUGCUGGAGGAUGGGGGCGCGGUGCUGGGGCUGGCCAUUGCGGGCGUCUGUACGGCACUCACCCACGCGACGGGUAACGCCAUGUGGGAUGCGGCGGGGUCCAUAAUGGUGGGUGUGUUGCUGGGCGGCAUCGCCUCCUUCCUGGUGGCCAAGAACCGGCAGCUGCUCAUCGGGAGGUCCAUGGCGCCCGCGGAUGUGGCGGUGGUGCAGUCGCUGCUCCGCGCCGACCCGGUGGUGUCGCACGUGGCCGACAGCAAGACGGAGGAGAUCGGACCCGGCAUGUACCGCUUCCAGGCAGAGGUGGCGUGGGACGGGGACAAGCUGGUGCAGCGGUACCUCAACAGGUGCGGCGGCGAGCGGCUGCUGCGGCGGCUGCAGUCUGCUGCCGCACGCGGCGACCGACCCGAGCUGGAGAAGCUGGUGCGCAACUACGGGCGCGACCUCAUCUCCGCGGUGGGGGUGGAGGUGGACCGAAUCGAGGUGGAGAUCCAGAAGGUCAACCCCGGCAUCCUGUACGUAGACCUUGAAACGGAUCGCGGCAGGAACUACGCGCAGCGGCGAAACGGACUGGCGUUGGGGGUGGGUGGAAGCGGAGCAGGAGGUGGAGGGGGAACAGGAGGUGGGGGUAGCAUGGGGGUGGCAGCGCCGCCGGUGAAUGAGCUGUUGUACAAUUGUUGGCAGGAUGAGGAGGAGUGCUUUGCGGAUUUCAGUGAGGAGGGCGCCCAGGGUACAUCGACGUCGACCUCGGCGGCUUUGGUGAAGGCGGGUACAACGGCAGCAGCGCCGCCGGCUGCGGCGAGCUCAGAAUGGGUGCCGAAUGGGUCACCACGACAGCAGCCGCCACAGCAGCCGGCUGCGGUGGAGCAGGUGGAGGAGGCUGGCGGGGCGAAGGGCGACUGCGGCUGCAGCAGGGGCUGCGGUGGCGGUGGCGACACCGCUGCUGCUGCCAACGCUGCUGCUGCCAGCGCUGCGCCGGCGGCGGCUCCACUUGAGCUCGACCUGACUCGCCAGGAGCAGCAGGAGACAGCAGAGGCGGGCAGGUGGGGGGCAGGAGCGAGCAGCGGCAGCAGUGGUAGUAGUGGUGGAGGCAGGGGCAGCGGAGGGGAUCCUGGUGAUGCUGCUGCUGCUGCUAAGGAGGCGGGGACGGUGGCAGUGGGGACGGUGACGGGUUCCGGGAAAUUACGGUAGCUUGGGGCCCUGUGUGCUUGGGCCUUGCUGUUGUGGGCUGUGAGGCUUUACUUGCGUUGCUGGCGCAGCUAAGCGGGGUGUGUGGAAGGAUGGGGAGGACUUGGGGUGGUGUGGUGAAUUACGGGUGUGUGGGGAUCCGUGCCCUUGAAGGUGCCGUAGGGAGGUAAGAAGGGGAUGGGCGCUUUGCUGGAGGGAAGAAGAACUGGGCCUAGCAGCUAAGGCGGCUUGCACACUAUGUCCAGGACUGUCCAGGAUUCGGGAAUCGGUUGGGAUGUAGCGGUGUUGCUCAUUUGCAUUGUGUAAGGGACCCAUAUUGGGGUGCUGUGAUGUACCGGUACUGCAAUGUCGGCCGCACGUGUAGAUUCCGUAUGUGUGUACUGCACUGUACGUUAGAUUCAUGAUGGAUGUGGAUGGAUUGGAUUGAGUAGCCUUUUGUGUGUUUGUGGUUGCAGUGGAUCUUACGAUGUACCAAUGCCUCCUAAAGUGCGUGUUGUACCUUUCUUGCACGUGUACGAUAAGCUUGCGGUUGCUGCUCUUGUAGUUGCUCUUGCUAUUAUUGCUGCUUGCAAAGUGCGUUCGUUUUCAGCAGUUUCGUUUGUUGCAACUGUUAGUCGGGUGUUGUGAGGUAGUCUUCUUGGUCGGUGUGUACAGUUUGUCUUUCGGGUGUAGCCGUGUCGUUAGAAGGGCGUAGAUGUUAAGUGUUGAUUUGGGUAAUAACCCUAGCGCCUGGGUGCUGGGGCUGCAGAUUUUAGCACUGCUAGGACUGGGUUGAGUGUUCAACGCCGGUUCAGUGCGUAAUAAGUUGGGGGUCCAGCCAAGGCCGACACUGGCUCACCCUUCGUCGCAUGCAGCAGCGAACUGCUGCAUAGCAUAGGUGGCGUGAGGCGAGGAGGGCAAGCCAUUUGAAGGGCUUUAGUUUCAUUCUUGCCAUACAUUCCACAGUAAACGAAAGGUUGCUGGGUAGGCUGUCGGGGAGUGGACCUGGGGUGGACAUGGGGCGGGUGAAGGACAUUCGUCGCUUCAUCCGUCUGGCAUGAAAUGUUAUGAACUUCCUUGGUCAUCUAUAUCGUACUGCCUUGUCAGGCAAGGUUGUUACAUUGUCACACGCUGAGCCAGGAGUUAAGGGCAGCAGCGGUCGACACGCCCUCGCUACACCCUACCUGAAUCUCUCUUAAGGUGGGCAGCCAACGGUUAUGAAUAAGCUAGGGCAUACAUAACGUAUUCUAGCACCGUCGACACGCAAAACGGCUGGGUGAAAGAGGCUGCCUUCCCCUCAACCGUACGGCGUUAACCUGAAACCUGUAAUCUACAGUCGCGCUCUACAGUCCGCACAUACUCUCCCUCUUGACAACAUAUUUAUUGAUGUGAAGACCCCUUUAGCCAUGACUGUAUCGUCCACUGUUCCUUCUAUAUACUGAUGAGCUGCAAGCUUUGACCACGAACGUUCACGCAACCCAGUGCUGCGGCCUAACACCUAAGCGAGUAAUAGAGACUAUGGUUACUGUUGAAGAAUCUAGGCAAAAAGCGCAAAGAAUGCUCUUACCUCCAAACAUUACCCCCGAUGCCGAGCACGGCAACGUCCAGGGCGCUAGCUGCGCAAGCUCUGACGCUUCCGCAUCUUUAGAUGACGAGGAUGAAAGCGAAAGCGGCAGCGAGGACUCCUGCCGCCCAGCACGCAGGGGUAGUUCACGCCGGGCAGCAGGCAAGUCAUCGCGGAAGCGGCGGAAGCGUCCAGAGUGGACCCGCGAAGAGGAGGAAACUCUAGCUAAAGUACACUGCAGUGUGGGCAACCAGUGGUCGACAAUUGCUGCUCGUCUUCCAGGGAGGACAGCUAACGAAGUGAAGAACAUAUGGCAUAGCACCUUGCGCUCGAAGCAGCUCAAGGUUCGUUCGCUCUUGCGUGCCUACGCCAGGGCCUUGCGAGGCCGGUGGGACGACAGUGAGGCACGUCAGGAGGCCUACAACGCGGCGGUAGAGAUGCAUAGCACCGAUGGCGAUGCCAGCGCUGCCUCCAGAGAUGUGCAGGGCACGGAGGGAGCUUCAACUGCCACGACCGCCGUCGCUGCUGCCGCCAAGCCGUCGCUGUUGCCAUCGCAACCCGAGGGCCCGCACUCGAGCCAGGGUGGCCUCAGCACCAAGGGAGCGCCCCCACCACCCAUGCGGCACCCUCAUCCCAGCCUACACCAGCAGCAGCAAAUACCGACAACGGCCGCCGCCGUCAUCACUCAGAGAAUGACUUCCACCUCCUGGCCCUCUGCGCCGUCCUUACCAGCAGGCACCACCGCCGCUGCCGCUGGCGCUGCUACGUUCGGCGGAGUGCCGGCCAUCGCAGUCGCACUUCCCUCCACUGCCGCUGCUGCUGUCGCGGCCAUCGCCACCGACUCAGGACCGGCAGCAGCAGGGCUCGGCUCCGUUGUGACGCCCGUUUCGACCGCUGUGCCUGCUGCCGCCGCUGCUCUCCACAACGCCACCGCGAUUCCUACCGAGCCCAGGCCAACACCGCCCCAUUCGAGCACUUCGCCGGGUGGCCCAGCACCCGCGACGUCAACACGGCACCACCCGUCUUCACCCGCGCAACACCAAGCAUCUCCAUCGCGCUGCAUGAAGCGUUCACCGCAAAGGUUGCACCAACCGCACAAGGAGAGCCCGCUAAAACGCAUUAAGGCGGAGCCGGGCCUGCCCGUGUCUUCCCACCAGAGCGGCCAGCAGCAGCCCCAGCAGGUGCUGUGUGUAGACAGCGCGGCCAACUGGUUUGGCCGGAUGGACCCUUCUGUCAUGAUGUUGCUGCAGGACGAGGGCGACGACGAGGCGGGAGGCGGCAACACGGCCAAGUGCAGGACGGAGGCAGCUCGCCCAGCAGCGGCGGCAGAUCACGGUGUCAAGCCUGCCGCUUUCGUUGCGGCUGCAGAAGCAGCGCCGAUGGUGCUGGCUGGCCGUGACCCCGCAGACUCGAACAGCAGCAGUCUUGAGAUGCUUGGCCUCGAGGGUGUGGACUGCUGCUACCUGCUACCUCCUGUUUCGGGUGGUGGUAGUGGCGAUGGUGAUGCGGCCCUUGAUAAGGCGGGUGGCAGCGGACGAAGCAGCGAGAGCGAGGUGCACGGCGGCGACAUCUUGGAUGUUAUGCGAGACAUGGGUAGCGGGGCUUUGGCGGUUGCGGUUCGCAUGGGUACCGACGGCAGACACCUCUCGUACCGGCAGCAACAACAGCAGGAUCACCACGGCUACCAUCAGCAGCAGCCGUCCUCAGCACUCGCCACCUUCACACCACGAGAAGUUGCGGUGGCACCUACCACGAUGCUCGUGUCAGAUCCCAUGAGCGGUGCUUGGAGCUGCACGGCUGGCGUCAACAACCACAAGAACCACAUCCGCCACAACUCCUGUAACAGCACCGCCGGAGGAUUUCACCACACCGUUCGGGCGAGGUUCUCCUCGCCGACCUUCUGCGAUCUGGGCCCUCCGCCGGCCACCGCCACCGCGCAUGCGGCCACCAACAACGGCCACCGCCAAGGGAUGUUCGACGCAGUACCACCACCGGCCGCGGCAUCGGCAGGACCCACGGGUCGCCUGCCGUCGGCUGUUUGCAACGAAGCAGCGCACGGCACGUCAUCCUACCUUAGCGAUGCCGUCGCUCCGCCGCAGGUCAACAUAGACCCGCAGUACAUGCAAUCUCAACAGCAGCAACAACAGUGGUGGGGGCCGCAAGGGCCGCAGCAAGAGGCUCAGGCUCGAGCGGUGCAUGCGGGCGCUCUGGCGGCGGGCGGCCACAUGAUGGUGCCGGUCAGCCCUGUGCUACCCCAAGGCGUGGACACACCCCGGUACAUGGACCCUUCCUCCAACCAGCCGGCCUUUGCCUUCCCGUCGCACAUGCCGCCACCGCCGGCAGUGCAAUACCCGUCGCAGUAUCCACCUGCGCAGCACCAUUUGAUGCAGCAGCACCCGUCGCAACAGGAGCAGCUGCAACGCACGUGGAGGUAUCCGUGGGGUUACGCACAACAACCGGACCAACAGCCACAUCCGUCUCAAUCAUCGCCGCAGCACCACCCGCAACUGCUCCGCCACCAACAGAUGCUGCAGGCACCGCUACCUCACCAACAGCACCCGCAGCAGCCCCAGACCCAGCAGCAGGAAUCGCAGCACCCGUACAUGUCUCAACAGGAGCCGGAACAGCAGCAGCAGCUGCUGCCAGCAGUACCCUAUCAGGAAGGGUGCCGGCAGCAAGAACAGGAGCAACACCACCAAGAACAACAACUACUGAAGCAAGAAGAACAGGUCCAGCAGACACCCCAGCGGCCACACCAUGAGGCAAGGGAGUUUGCAACGUCGCCGGCGCCCUUGACGGACGUGUUCACCAUGGGGCUCGGCGCACUGCAAGACCCGCAGCUGCUCUGGUGCGUUGCAGAGCCGCAGACGUGGCUGGCGUGUGGCCCGCCCAACACAGUCUAGAGCAGCUGGCUGCGUGUUGAGGCGGCGGCGACGGCGUCAUAAGCAGGGAGUGCGAGCUUACUUGGGUUGUAUUAUUGUGUACGUGGGUGCGGUGGUUCCGUAAGGCUAUUCAUUUGUGGAUUGAGUACCAUGCACGCAUGCGUCCAUCCGUCCGUCUCUGACAUGCAAUGGGAUCUCCUUACGUCAACAUGUCUUUGUAUGCUAGCACCGCCUCAGUCAUUACAGAGGACCUUGAGGCGCAGACACCUCGUGUGUCUUUGCGGCUUUAGAGAGAGCUUCUUAUCUUUACUGUAGGUAGUCUUUAGUGGUGGUGGUGGUGACGUGCGUUAUGGAGCAUGCUGUUAGCUUACCUCAGCUCUUGUCUACAUCUCUUUUUCUCCCCUCUAGUAGGAGCUUUCCUUCGUUUUCGGCUUGGAGGUUCAGAGGUUACAUUUUUACGGCACGUGCGUGCGUCAUGUCUUGCAUCAACUCUUGUUGCGCUAUUAUAUAUUGUUACAUUGUGCUUCUCUGUUGCUUAGCCAGGUAUGUAGGGAAAGCAUGCAGGCAGGCAGAGGGAGGCCCAGGGGGCAGUUAAGCAGGCUGGUUAGUAGCUGAGGCAUGCAGGAAGCCGGCAGGUGAGAGUGGAUGUAGGCAGGAAAGCCUCCGCUCUGAAACAGUUCAGCUGUUCGUGGGAGCCAUGUGCAGGAAGGGGGGGUCGUGGGGAGAUGUCGUCCGUGGGGCAUGCUACAGCGCGGUUACGAACUGAGGCAUUCGUAGGGAUGCAGGCAGGCAGGAUAUAAGGUUGUGUAGGCAGGACAAGGCAGGUGCUAUGUAUAUUUAUCUUAGGGAAGGGUUCAGGCAGGGUUGAGGCUGCUCUUGCGAAAAAGGAUUGUGUAUAGCAAAGAGUUUAGAGGACAGCCACAGGUCUAGACGUAGCAGACGUACUAGAGCAUAUUUCUUUGUGUCGCAAUGUACUAUCGCUGUGGUCCUCUUCUCGUGACUUCGCAUGCAUUUGGUUCUUCACCUUUUUUGUAGUGACUGCGGUUGUGCACGCGAUCCUUCCUACUAUUUAAAGUUUGGAUGAAUGAAUGGCCGUUACCGUUUGUAUUGCUGGAUGCUGAAAUCGUGGUGAACGUGGUGGAUACCUCUUAUAACGUUGGCAUGUACAGUUCCACGGCCCCUAAGUCUCUUGGUUUCUUCUGGUUGAGUUAGGCGGGUACUGAAAGGUGCCUCUUCUUGCAUCAUCACGCUGUGUGGCCAUCUCUCAGGUUUCCGUCUUCUCUCCUGUGUGUUGUCCAGGCGCAUUUGGUGUACCUCGUGAUCUUCCUUCCCUUUGGCGGUGCUACUUGUUGUGCAUGUUGUUCCUCACCUGCGUGCACGAUUUGUUUUCCUGUUUUGCGUGCACGUUCCUUGGUUACGGUUGUAGCUUUGGCUGUGGCUGUAGCCUCGAUGUCCAGGCUAGCUGUAUACGGCCCCUUGCAAGGGUGCCUUUGCCCUUUCUUCUUACCUCGUUUACCUUGCUUAGUUUGCGCAUUGCCAAAAGCAGUGUCUUGCCUUUCUCUCAGACUCUUUGAGGCAACAUGUUUGCUUUGUACGUCCGAAUGAAGGCAAUUGCGGUUCGGGGCUGGUGGCUACCAGGAAGGAUGGUCGGGGGCUACUCACAACUAUUUGGCCGCAUGGCCACUGGUUACCUUCAAGCCGUAGAAUAUCGGGGGCACCUGUCUCUCCCGAGCAGCUCGUUCCAGCUAUCCUACUUAUCAUGCGUCCUUCGUUUUUACGCGUAUUGCAUUUAAAGCCUCCAUGGAGUGAUGUCGUUUGGUGUGUAUUGCGUCUUGGUGGGUUGAGUGACCCAUGGGUCUGAAUGGCGGUACCGUGACGAAACUGUCCACUAUCAGUGUAUACUCGAUGUAUCUUGCUUGGCC